AUGGCUGAAUCUCAAGGACCCACGGUGACCACUGUGUCCGUUGUCUUUGGCGUUAUCACGAUUCUGACGAUUUCUUUGCGACUAUUCGCCCGUAUCCAUAUUACAAAGUCGUUCGGACCCGACGAUGCACUCAUUGUAAUCGCUGCACUAUUGGCGUGGGCUUUUAUCAUUGCAACUAUACUUGCUGUCAACCACGGGCUCGGAUCCCAUAUUAGCGAUGUUAUGCUCCGUGGCUCGGACAAUCUCAUAUCAUACUCGCAGAUAGUCUGGCUGUCUUCUAUCUUCUACAAUGCCUGCUUAGGUUUCAUCAAGACCUCGGUGUUAGCACUUUACACACGUCUCGGGGACCGUGACCUUCGGCGGCUCGCAUAUAUCAUCAUUGGCGUCGUCACUUGCCAGGCUGGCGCCAAUGUCAUCGUUUGCAUUUUCCAAUGCACACCUGUCCAGGCUGCCUACGAUCUGAACAUCACGAACAAGAAAUGCAUAAACAUCAACGCCUUCUAUCUGGCCAACGCCGCAGUCAAUAUCUCGACGGAUUUCUUGACUUACACUCUGCCUCUCAAGAUGGUAUCGAAACUCAACAUGCCUAAGCGGCAGAAGAUCGGCUUGGGUGUUAUGAUGUCUCUGGGGUUUUUCGCUUGCUUGUCGUCCAUCAUUCGAAUCACCUAUAUCCCUCAAAUGCUCGCGCCCGACGCCGAUGCCACCUGGGUCAUCUCGGGAGCCAUGUACUGGUCCGCCAUCGAAAUAAACGUCGGCAUCCUUGCCGCAUCCUUCCCCUCCUUCAAAGCAGUCGCGAAGCGAUACACGCCGGCUCUGCUGGGCAGCUCGAACCGCGGCGGGUCGGACUACAAAAUGGGAGGCAACAACACGGGCGGCGGGAGCCACAGCCUGAGCACGAAAAAGAUGUCCAAGUUCCAGCUGAUGGACAAGAGCCGGAGCGGGCGCGAGGUCGACAUUCACGGAGGCGGCCAGGACGGCGUCGGCACGCACACCAAGCACGGCCAGGGCCCCUACACCGCGUCCGAGAACAGCAGCGAGGAGGCGAUUUAUAUCAAGCGCCAGCCGCCACCGCAAGGGAAGAUUGGGGUCAGGACGGAUAUCGCUACGUUCUAUGAGGAGGCUUGA